GUAUGGAGUUAAAUCCCUGACCUCUAUUAAUAACUUGUUUGUUGUUCAUGUCUUCCGAUGUAGUUUACUCCAGCUAAUCCAGUUGUCAUGGUGAAACUAGCUUCAUAUAACCUUGUAAAAACAGAGCCUGGUACGAGUUUCUUACUAAGUCGUCAUGGUGAAAGCAGCUUCGGUGCAUGUUUCUAGUUCUCUCCUAACAAUCAUAACGAACCUUUUAUUAGGUUGGCAAGUUUCGUCUUUAAUAAUUCCUCACAAAAACGUUGAUGUCACUAUACCGCUUAACUACCCCGACCAUGUACCAUUUUACCAGCUGAGAUGUGUUCAGGAAGAUGGCAGUGCUGUUUCUUACGGAGAGGUAAUGUACCGAAUCAGGAAAGUAUACGUUGAAGGCGGAGGAAGUAGGGUUGAUGGAUUUUUUAUCGCCAACAGUUCAUCUGGCCAGCUGGCUUUGGCUGCUCCGUUCCAGCACAGAUGGAUACAACCAGAUACAAUGUUUUCCCUGCGAGUGAAAGCGAGUAUUAGAUUAAACUCCGAGAUUAUAUCUUCAUCAGCUGUCAUUAAUGUUCACAUCAGUGACAUCAGAGACCCCUGUCGUCCACGACUUGAAUUAUGUUUUUAUUCGUCAAACAUGAAAUUUGAGCUUCCAGAGUCUACCGCUGCGAGCACAAGUUUUGGUCAACUUCGUCCUAUUAGUACGUCUUUCUUGUGUCCAGAAAUCCAGACAGCAUAUGAAAUGGAAAAAGGGCAAGAUUUGGUAAACAUACACAAUACACAAGGGAGCUUACAAUUAUUAUCAUCUUUGGAUGCGGAAAAAAGAACGACGGAAGUAGUGGACGUUGGGUGUUAUAUUAAAGAUUCACGUGGACAUCCUCUACAUACAAAUGCUUUCAGCCUCUCAAUAACGAUUAGAGUAAUUGAUGUCAACGACAACGCUCCCUAUCUACCAGCCGAUGUCAGUACUAUUCUUGAACUUUAUGAUACUGACUUACAGCUGGGUCAGGAUCUUCCAAUACAAUUCAAUGCUUUCGACAAAGAUUCUGCAACAGUAAAUAACAUCGUUGCUAGAGUGGAACAGGAUCAUCUAGGCUUAUUCAGAGUCAGAAAUACUACUUUUUACGACAACAUUAUGGACGGUGGAAUGUUGUUCAUAUCUUUUGUAGAAACGGUAAAACCAAUACAGUUUCCCGACAAAGAAUACUGUUUCGUGGUGAUACUCGAGGAUAAGACACUGACGACAAGAGCUACAAGCAAAGUAAUAUAUAAUGUUAUUAUUCGUAAACACGUGGACGGUUCGUCACAGAUGUCCGUUGUCUCCAAGGGUGUCAGCAGCGCUUCAAUUUCUCGACAAGCAACUCUUCAUGCUAGGGUCACCCAACCUGUUGUAGUAUCUGUCUCUGACCGAUGGUUUUUUGCAAUGUCGUCUGUAAAUCAAAAUGUUUUUGACGUCACACCACGAACUGGAAUCAUUUACGUUGCUAACGAAAAGGAGCUUCAGCAAACAAGUGCAUCAAAUAUUCGACUCAACCUUUCAUGGGCAAAUGAUACUGAAGAGAGAGGCUAUUUAACAAUAAUUGUCAACUUAACUGAUGAAGUUAUUCUGAAGGACAACAGACAAUGCGACAACAUAUGUGCAUCAUCAGAAGAUAAAGAAUAUUGUGAGGGCUCAUGUGGGCCAGGAACAGUGAGAGGGCGCUGUUCAUGGAGGCCUGAAGUGAACAGUACAAGUUUCAUAAGCACAGAGUACGCCACCUGUAGUGCAAAUUUGAAAACUUGUCCAGAUGGAGAUUGUGAUGAACUAGAGACGCUUGACAACUCUCUCUGCCCCCAGGACUGCGUCAAACAAGAAAAUGUCCAAGGAGAGGCUAUUACUCACGAUAAAGGAAUUGGCAUUCACAGAGCUAUUGGAACUUGUACCUGUAUAACGUAUGACAGUUGUUACUGUUUACGUUCGGACCAUCUGACGAAUAAUAAGAGCAAACAAGAAAUAAAUGACAUAUUUCACACUUCUGCGAAAAAUAUUGAAGAUGAGACAACGACUUUUAACUCCAAUUUUCGCACAGAUGAAGUUUUCAAAAAGAAAGAACCUGUUACGUCAUGUGAUGAGGGGUGUAUGUUAGUCAUUUGCCUGGUUGUUAUCUGUGGAUUUGGCGUGUGUGUCGUGAUCUUCGUUUUCAGAAGGCUUCGACAGACUGCAAAUAGGAAGAAAAUACACAAGUAUAUCGGUAGCCCAAUGUCACUAGCAGCUGAAACCACAGAUUAUUCCGACGAAAGGCCCGUCUACGAUUCUCAAACCAACAGUGAUACAUCAAAUACAAAUAAAACAAUGUACGACACUAAGUGGGAAUUUCCACGUGAAAACUUGAUCUUUGAGGAAACAUUGGGUGAAGGAGAAUUUGGAAAAGUCAUGAAAGCUAAUGCCUGGAAUCUUAUUAGCGACCAGCAAUACACCACCGUAGCUGUAAAGAUGUUAAAAGGAAACGGAAAGAUCAGCGAAGAACAAGCUCUCUUGACAGAAUUCAACGUAUUGAAAGAGAUUUCUCAUCCCAACGUGAUCCGGUUACUUGGAGCAUGUACCCAGAAAGGAGGACCUUUGUACCUCAUUGUAGAAUACGCUGAUCUCGGUUCUCUACGAUCUUAUCUUUGGAAACGUCGCCAUCUUAACCUUGAUUACUCUCCUCAAGUCGGGAAUCCAAUUUAUUUAUCUGAUGAUGGCGACAUUACUCAACCAGACAUGACUCCAAGAGAACUGCUGUCUUUUGCAUGGCAGAUCGCCAACGGAAUGUCCUACCUAAGUGAUAUGAAGCUUAUCCACCGAGAUUUGGCUACCAGAAACCUAUUGCUGGCGAAGGGAAAAAUUGUAAAGAUCUCUGACUUUGGACUCAGCCGUGAUGUUUACGAAGGUGAAACUUAUCUAAAGAGGAGCACAGGAAGAGUUCCAGUAAAAUGGAUGGCUAUUGAAUCACUAGAAGACAACUUGUACACUUCUAAAAGUGACGUAUGGUCGUUUGGAGUCGUGUUGUGGGAAAUUUCAACAUUAGGAGCAACACCUUAUCCAGGAGUCACGCCGGAGAGACUGUUUCAUUUGCUAAAGUCUGGUUAUCGGAUGAAUAAACCGAACGCGUGUUCGGACGAGUUGUACAGCAUCAUGCUAAUGUGUUGGAAAGAAAAUCCUCACGAGAGACCUUCUUUCAAACAUCUUGUCAAGAAACUCGACCAGAUGCUUCUCGAAACCAUGGAAUAUUUGGAGCUAAAACUAGGACCAGACACAGAUUCACUCAACUGGACCGAAGGUGAUCAUUCUUCUGUGAUAUCCGAUUCAAGCGAAGAAGAAAGUGAUGGCGCUGUAAUUGAGUACGGGAAAUUAACCCUCUGUCCUCCAGAGAACCUAGCUUAGCAUCAUCAGUAUGUUCUACUGGGAAGAUGAAAAACUUGCAAGGUUUUUUUCCAUGAAAACAGUAAUAAUAAUAACAAAUAACGCUCUCAGUCAUGUCAAUAUUACUAAAGCUUAACUAAUAUAAAAGAAAAAAAUAUU